GAAAGUUACCCCUCCAACGCCGAUCACAUACGUUUUUGAGUUCAAUUUUCAAUUUUCGGCGCCAUCCCAAUCGCAUGUUAAAUUUUGAAUCUCUCUAAUCGCGAAAGAAAAAACUUUUCGACUCUUCAACAUGGCACGUCUAUACUUUCUGCUCCUAACAUUAUUGACAUAUCGAGGUGCCAUUGCGCCUGCUAUUUCAUCACUUCCAGGACAAAAUAUUGAUAUGGUCAAUGCAAGCAUUGAAACUGCAUUCCAUGAUAUCAAGCAAUCACACCAGCCAGGAACAAAAACUUCAUCAAAAAUUCUAGAGGCCAAAGGUUACUCUUCUCGGGAUGGAUCCCCUCUCGCAAUUUUCCUGCCACAGUUCGCAUCAGCGGAAGAAAUUCCGCGUACCCCAGAUGAAUUGAAAAACUACUACAUUCCGCUAAAAAAUUAUUAUGAAGAUUAUGCCGGUCACCACCCAGUUCCUCCUCUCUUGAAGAAAGGACCUUAUGUCACUCAACAUCGCAUCCCUCCCGGCUAUGUGCCGCUCUUCCGGUAUGUCGGUAAAUAUAGAGGCUACUACGCCCCCUGGGAGCUACUGUGGUGGCUUCCAGAGGAUCAUGAGUUCAUCCGAGAUUAUCGCCAAAACUUAAGGGGCCAAAUUUUGGUUGAUGAAUUGGAUCCCGAACUAAAGAAAGAAGGUAUAAACCUCCCAGCAGAUGGGGCCUUCGACGUUCACGUUUACGAACCGUGAUUAUAAACUAUGGUUAAAUGGCGAAAAAGGAGAAAUUGAGAAAGACGACAAUGGGAAGGGAUCCGGAAAUCAAACGGCCAAGUAAUACGAUCACAAAAAAAGACAAUGAAGAUAAAUAAAACGAGUGAGGGAAAUAUUGAAAACUUUUCCAAAGCUCCAUAAAUGGAUCCUAGGAAAUGAGAAUUUUGGCUAGGAAAAGAAAACAGGGAUAGAAGAAGCUACCUUUUGGGUUUAGCAACAUUCAAAGACCGAUUGUUACAUAAUAUUUCCUCAUUGCAUCUCAGCAAAGCAAAAAUGUUCUGAAUAAUCUAUUUCUUUCUCUCAAAAAAUAAAAAAAUGUUAGGGUUGAGAGUUGAAAGAUUUCAUUAGAUCUGUUCAGAAAAAAAAAACCUUCUGUUGAUCAAGUGUUAAGGAUAUGAUUCUGAAACCUGUUUAAUGGUUCAAGAAAAUAAAAGGUAUCCAAGUUAUUAAUUGAA